GGUGAUCAAUGUUUGGUCCUGUUUAAUGAUUAACAAAUAACAGGUAAGCAUCUCGAUAAGGUGCUGAGAGUAAACCAGACAUUUGCUUCGGUUGACAUUAAAUUAUUUAAUUGAAGAUGCAUGAUUUGACAAGUUGUAUGUAAGAUCCUGGAGUUCACAAUAGUAUAAUACCUGCACGCACGUUGUCUUUUCAUUGACACAAUGUUCUUUUUUCUAACAACUAAGUGGCACAGGACUAAGUUUAUCGCAACAUUCUUGAGGUAAUAUACCACAAGAAAGCAUGCAACAUAUGUUGACUUUGAUAAACCAAUAUACUAUUGAUCAUCUUCGUGAUUGUCACGAAGGCAAUCGAUCUCCUUUGGAUAUUGCAGUCAGAUGGAUUAUAUAAGGACUGCAUGCACAGGUUCAUAAAUCAUAAGCAAUUAGAGAUCAAAUAGCAAACAGUUUCUUAAGCUUAACAGUAGAGCCAUGGCUUCUUUCAUCGCAUUCCUGGUGUUUGUUUUAGCAACAUUUCUGAGGAAAUCCUUAGCUGUUCAAAUAUAUCGACCCGGGCCAUGGUCUCUUGCCCAUGCCACGUUUUAUGGCGACGAGACUGCAUCUGCAACAAUGGGAGGGGCUUGUGGAUACGGAAACUUGUUCAACAAUGGUUAUGGCGUCGAUACAGCAGCACUGAGCUCGACUUUAUUCAAGAAUGGAUAUGCAUGUGGAACUUGUUAUCAGAUAAAGUGUGUUAACUCUCCUUGGUGCUACAAAGGGUCACCUUACGCGACAAUUACAGCCACCAACAUUUGUCCUCCCAACUGGUCUCAAGACUCCAACAACGGUGGUUGGUGCAAUCCACCCCGUACUCACUUCGACAUGGCAAAGCCUGCUUUCAUGAAGAUUGCUCAAUGGAAGGCUGGCAUUGUCCCUGUCAUGUACCGAAGAGUGCCAUGUGUCAAAAAAGACGGCCUUCGAUUCACGUUUCAAGGGAAUGGCUACUGGCUGUUGGUGUAUGUGAUGAAUGUAGCUGGAGGAGGAGAUAUUGCUAACAUGUGGGUAAAAGGAAGCAGAACAGGGUGGAUCAGCAUGAGCCACAACUGGGGAGCUUCCUACCAAGCUUUUGCAUCGUUAGGAGGUCAAGCUCUUUCAUUCAAGCUCACUUCCUACACUUCCAGAGAAACUAUCAUUGCCUGGAAUGUUGCGCCUGCAAACUGGAACGUCGGAUUAACUUACAAGGCAUGGAAAAAUUUUCAUUAAUGUGCCCUUUGUCACAUUGUUCACUUGUAGAUAUUUAAGUCUGCAGAAUUGCAGUUCCAAGCCUCGAGGCAUUUUGUUUUUUGCGCUUCAAGUAUUCUCUGCCUUUCGUUUAUUCAGUUAGUCAUGAAAGGGCAGGGCUGUAUCUGUAUUCUCACUUGAAUUUUAUCAAGUGUCAAGAAAUAUUAGUGUUACUACUUAACCAUCAAAA